UUUUAUUUUUCACUUUUAGACAUCAUGUAUUGUCCUCGGCCGACUUGCGGUUCUGCUGUGAUUCUGGAGAAGUCCAGCCCGGCAGCGAUGUGCUCUGUCUGCAGCUUUGCUUUCUGUGUAAACUGUAAAAACACGUACCAUGGAAGAAGCAAGUGCCAUGAAGAACCCGACUUGUCUACGGCGAAGAGUGAAGAUCUGCUGAUUGCUUUACCAAAGACAGAAGAUGGGAUCCAGGCACUUUUACAGGAUUAUGCUUCAGGCAGCAAGCCAAGGCGUCGCCUCCUAGAAAACAGAUACGGCCGUAAAUUGCUUGGUUAUACUGUCGAAAUGCAUUUUAGCGACAAAUGGAUAGCCACCAACACCAAACCCUGCCCUCACUGCUUCACCCCAAUACAUAAAGAUGGCGGAUGUAACCUCAUGUUUUGCACUCAAUGUAAACGGGACUUUACGUGGCAGUGACGCUGUAGACUUGACUCCGUUUCUCAAACUUUGGACCGCGGCCGCCCCCUAGUGGCCGCCCAGGUGCUGCAUGUAAACGACCGUUUGUUUACUGUGACGUCAGCUCGCAGUGCGACGCUACAGCUAGCUUAGCAUAGGGCUGAAAUAAUGGAUCAAACCGGGUCACUCAAGAAAAA